UGGAAAGAGGAACUCCGAAACUCCUGGAGCGCCUCCGCACCUUCCAAACAGGGGGGCAAGACGAAAGGGACCUCCAUACUUUCCGUUAUUGCAGGAAAAGUGAGGUGAUGCUUCCAAAGUCGUGAAAUUUUCACGUCAUUAACAUUUUCACUGUCGUAAAUGUGUACAUCGUGAUAAUAUUACGAGUGAAGAAGAGGCAACGCAGAUCACCGUUUCAAGAUGUCUGCAGAAAAAGCUGAGAGUGAUAUGGAGUACUCGGACUCUGACGGCAGUGAAGCUGGAUACGAGGACUACUACAACUGUCAGCCCUGGGGUGAUGCUGACAAUGAGGUGGAAAAAGCAGAUCAAACCCGACGAGACCCGGAGUACGCCAUCCACGACUGCCUCCGAGUGGAGGAAGUCGAGAGGCUCUUGAAUGAAAAUGUGGAAGUUCUGAGUAACAGUCUCCACAUAACUCCGUCGCUAGCAAAAGUCCUCCUCCACACCCACGACUGGGCCCUCCAGGAAGUCAUGACUAAAUACCGAGACAAUGCCUCGAGUCUUUUAAUCAGCUCGAGGAUCAAACCAAGUCAACCACCAGAUCCCACAUCAGCCUCCAAGGGACGUAAAGGUGGCACCUGCACCGUCUGCAUGGCACUUUUUAAUCCUGACAAAUUUGCAACACUCACCUGUGGCCAUUCAUUCUGCAAGGACUGCUGGUGCAUGCAUUUCGAGGUGCAAAUCACCCAGGGAAUUUCCACAGACAUCGGUUGCAUGGCGCAAAACUGCGAAGUCCUAGUGCCCGAGGACUUUGUACUCCAACUGUUAACGAAACCCUCGAUGAGAGAUAAAUACCAGCACUUUGCAUUUCGGGACUACGUCAAGUCCCAUCCACAACUCAGAUUCUGCCCCGGACCCAAUUGCCAGAUUGUUAUGAGAUCCAAGGAGCUCAGGGCUAAACGUGUACAAUGCCAGGCCUGCAGAACUGUUUUUUGCUUACGGUGUGGUACUGAUUACCACGCACCAACUGACUGCAAUAUAAUUAAAAAAUGGUUGACAAAGUGUGCUGACGACUCGGAAACAUCAAACUACAUAAGUGCACAUACCAAAGAUUGUCCAAAAUGUCACGUAUGUAUAGAGAAAAAUGGUGGGUGUAAUCACAUGCAGUGUUACGGGUGCAAAGCUGAAUUCUGCUGGAUGUGCCUUAACGAUUGGAAAGCACAUGGUAGCGAGUACUACGAGUGCUCUCGUUACAAGGAUAACCCAAACAUUGGUAAUGAGAGUGUUCAUGCACAGGCACGCGAGGCACUUAAGAAAUAUCUGCACUACUACGAGAGGUGGGAGAACCACAGCAAGUCUCUGAAACUCGAGGAGCAGACCCUGGAGAAGAUGAAAUCGAGAAUAAAUCAAAAGGUGAUGGAUGCCAGUGGCACCUGGAUUGACUGGCAGCAUCUCUUUGAGGCGGCCUCCCUCCUCGCUCGUUGUCGCUAUACUCUUCAGUACACUUACCCUUACGCUUAUUACAUGGAAUCUGGACCCAGAAAAGCACUCUUCGAGUAUCAGCAGGCGCAGCUUGAGGCGGAAAUCGAGAAUCUAUCCUGGAAAAUCGAGAGAGCUGAGACGACUGAUCGUGGAGAUCUUGAGAAUCAAAUGGACAUUGCUGAAAAACGUCGACAGACUUUGCUCAAGGAUUUUUUAGAGAGCGACGAACCAAGUGAUAAACUCCUUCAUCCGUAGGAGCAAUGAUUUUGAUUGGACUUGAGAAACUAUCGAAAUAGUCGUAGAAACGAGUCAUAAAGUGGCUGACUAAGAUAAGCUAACGAUUAGUGUAUUAUUUUAUGAAUUUCAUCAAGAUGAAUGACUUGAGAGCAAUUCAUCAGAUACAAAAGGUCUUUCGAUAUUUUUGAAACUAUUUUUUAGCUCUCUUGAAUUUUUGUCACAAAAUCCGAAAUAUUCUAGGGGAUGAUUUUUCAGGAGAAUUAUGAACCUUUUUGAUAGGAACAUUUCCUUCAAAAAGGCUUUUAGAAUUUUUUUUUUAAUGAACUACUUGAAAAUAUUGAUGGAACAUUUAGAGUGGAUGUAAAAUUAAUUAUUGAUGAUUAUUUUGCCACUUCAAGAAAUGUAUUAUGAAAGGAGAUUACGUUGUGAGAGUAUUACCUAGACCAGAAACGAUAGCCUACAAAGAAUAAUUAAUUCGGUAAUUGGAGCACGGAAAAUGCAGGAAUUCCCCUCUCUCCAGUGCCAAAAGUACAACGUAAAAGUCUACAGUCAACGACCGCUCAUCAAAUUCAUUUCUCCUUGUUAUUGCAAAUGAUGAACUUUUUUCGAACGUUAAAUCUCCUUAAAAACAAAGUAUUGUUAUCCAUAGGAUUUUUUCGUUCACCUUUGAUUAGGGUCCUCUCAAAUUACUCAAUCAUUGGUAAUCAUCGUGAGGGAGCAUGAUACAACGAUGAUUCAUGUACAUAUUCCUGUGAGCCUGUGUGUAAUGUGGAGUGAUACAAUCUUUUGUAACAAUUCAUAUGUAAUGAUAAUGCAAACUAGAGUUUAAGUGACGAAAUUCGAUGAGUCUCCUCCGAAUAUUAAAAUUCCUAGGUGGUAAGUUUGAUGCGAGAAAUAUCGUGUGAAAUUUUAGUAAAUUCGUGCGCUUUGUAAACAAUUUCGUAAAUAAAUGACUCAAUUGUGA